AUGAAUGUAUCAAAGAUCACACAUAGCCUAACUAACCUUGUUCUGGGCAAUGCGAUUCAAGAGCCAAGGCCUAUUGACGAGCUUAGAAGAGAGCUUUCGAGCAGCACCACUCAAAUCAAGGCCAUGAAGACUGUUGUGAGCAUGCUACAGCAAGGCUAUGAUGUAAAUAUGCUCCUUGGAGAUAUUUUGAAGAUAAUCGACACCAAUAACUAUGAGCUGAAAGUCUUGUGCAGCUUUUAUCUCCGAAACACAUGCUUUGGCAGGCCCGCUUGCCAGCUAAUGUGUACACACACCUUUUUUCAAGGACUUCAACGAUAG